AUGAAAGGAAACCGCAAUCCCCACCCGCCAUCCUCCAGCGCCGCCCCUAUUUCUCCCAACUCCAAGGGUACAGCCAAGUACACCAAUAAGGACGGGUCGAAAUUUAUCACAGUACCUAAGAUGAAUACCCCGGUCGAUUCCGCUCAUCCGUCACCGACGGUCGCCUCGCCUUCGCCCGCCGCACAAGCCGCGACGCAGCCGAUCCCCGACGACGAGCCUGCGCGCCCAGUGAAUCGAAAGAAGCAGAAGCGACGCGCAAAGGCUGCGGCCAAGUUAGCUGCAGAACAGGCACAAAAUGCCCCGGCCACGAACGGAAUUCCCUCCCCACCCCGCACGAACGACCAGCAGUCCGCCGAUGCUGAUCUCGAAGACGACGAAGACGAACCGAGUGCGAGCCUGGGUCCCCAAGACCAACGUCAUUACCAGGAAGGAGCUGCGCAACCUACACCGUCCGGGGCGUCCAAGAAACAGAAAAAGAAGAAAAAGAAAAAUGCCUCUGCGGCACAGGGCGACGAGUUCCCAAACGACAACCAGUACGCGCAAAACGGGCAGAACCAUCACCCUGCCUCUGUUCCUCCACCACCGCCGCCGCCGCCGAUGGCAGGAUCGCAGCAGGACCGACCGGGCAUGUCUCGUGAGAAGAUUUGGAACACCAACUCUCAAGAGGAGCGGGAGCGGAUCAAGGAAUUCUGGCUGGGGCUCAGCGAGACAGAGCGCAAAUCACUGGUCAAGGUGGAGAAGGAUGCCGUGCUGAAGAAGAUGAAGGAGCAGCAGAAACAUACGUGCAGUUGCACCGUGUGCGGGAGGAAGCGGACUGCGAUAGAGGAAGAACUCGAGGGGCUGUAUGACGCCUACUACGAGGAGUUAGAGCAGUACGCCAACCAACCGAACCAGGGUGACGGUCCCCCUAUGUUGCGGCCCCGGAGAUCGUUUGGGCCGAUGGGCGGCAUGCGGCCGCGCGGUCUCCACUCGCGCUUCUCCAACCAUCAACCGUCUCGCGGGCGAAUAAUGGACGAAUUGGGCGAUGACGAUGAGUUGGAAGAAGAGGAGGAGGACGAGGAAGAGGAGGAAGAGGAGGCGGAGAUGGAGGACGAGGGCGAAGGGGAGGAGGAAGGCGAAGAUAUAUAUAGCGAGGACGAGCUCGAGGACGACAUGUACAGCGAUGCGGAACAGGAACCGUCGGAAGAGCUCCAUCGAUCCGACUACGCCGCCGAUUUCUUCAACUUCGGGAAUAGCCUGACCGUGCAGGGUAUGGACCGACUUUCCAUUCUUUCAUCCUUCCUACACAGUUAUCUUGCCUCCGGGGCUGGCAAUAAUGCUUAUGGCUCAUCUUCUUUAGGCGGCAUCUUGACCGUGGCCGACGAUCUGCUCAAGAACGACGGCAAGAAGUUCAUCGAAAUGAUGGAGCAACUAGCCGAGCGUCGAAUGGCCCGCGAAGAAGAUGCAAGGGGCCAGUUUGAUCAGGGCUACGACCACCCGAACGGUAACCGCUAUGCCCACACUCACCCACCGCCUCCCGACGAGGAAGAUUACGAGGACGAAGAAGAAGACUACGAGGAGGACGAGGAGGAAGAGUACGACAGCCAGGAUGAAGAGGCAGGAAGCUUGGACCCCAUGACAGAGGAGCAGCGCAUGGAGGAAGGGCGCAGGAUGUUCCAGAUAUUCGCCGCCCGGAUGUUCGAACAACGGGUCCUCACAGCCUACCGUGAAAAGGUUGCUAGGGAGCGCCAAGCAAAACUACUCGAGGAGAUUGAGGCCGAGAAUCAGCAGGAUGUCCAGCGAAAAGCCAAGAAGGCCAGGGAUGCGCAACGGCGCAAAGACCGGCUCGCAAAGAAAAAGGAAGUGCAGGCCGAGGAGAAGGCCCGUAAGGAGGCCGAGAAGGCUGCCGAGGAAGCCGCUCGCAAAGCUGAGGAAGACCGCAAAGCCGAAGAGCAACGCGCUAGGGCUGAGGAGAAGCGCAAGAAGAAGGAAGCGCAACGGAAGGCGGAAGAGGAGGAGCGUCAGCGCAAGGAAGCCGAACGGAUACGCAAGAUCCAGGCCCGGGAAGAGAACGAGCGCAAAGCGCGCGAGGCUCGAGAACGGGAGAAGAAGGCCCGGGAAGAGGCCCGUCUGAAGGAGAAGGCGGCUCGCGAGCAACGGGAACGUAAAGAUCGGGAGCGAAAAGAGCAGCAAGAACGUGAGAGGAAAGAGAAGGAGACCCGGGUGAAGGCCGAGCGGGAGGCCCAGGAGGCCAGGGAAAGGGAGGCCAAGGCAGCCAAGGAAACGAAAGAAAAAGCAGCCAGGGAAGCGAAGGAGGCUAAGGAGGCUAAGGAAAAGCGCAGGAAAGAAGAGAGGGCCGCGCACAAAGCCGCCACGCUUGCGGCCGCGGUUCCAGCGCCCGUUACCCUUCCAAAACGGCCUGCUGGUCAACAACAACAACAACAACAACAACAACCAGCUGCGCAACCCCAGGCUGCUGCGGUCCCUGCACUCCCACAACAGUCCACGUCGGUCGCCUCGCCCCAAAUCUCCGUCGCGACGCCAGCGCUUCCGAAAGCACCAACGCCCAUGCGGACGCGGCAGCUGUCCCAGCAAGAUGAGUCUGUGGUCUCCGCGGGCGCGGCUUCGAACUCGGGCUCGGCUGCUAGUCAAAACCAUUCUCCUCAUCCUGUCACGCCCGUCCAUGUAAGCCCCGGGGCAAUAGGUCCUCUGGGCAAAUCAGGGCCCCCAGCAGCUCCCGGAUCGCAGAGCUCCAUCCAACAACCACCACAUUCCGCAUCUCCAGUGAGCUUUCCCGCGAGGUCACUUCCUCCGCCGCCCAACGCUUUCGGCCUGCCUCCUCCAGGUACCGUCAUGUCGUUCCCGCCAGGCCUGUCUCAGGGCCCACCUGGCUUUGGGAGUAAUGCCAUCCAUCGCGAGCCUACUUUCCCGCCCAUGCCCGGCUUCCGGCCAAUGCCGGGUAUGAUGCCGAUGCCUCCCGGGUUUGCUGGGCCUACGCCGAAUCGUGGGUUCCCGAUGCACCCGCCUCCAGGGUUCCACAGCGGCGCGAUGGAAUCCCCCGGGCCCAGCAUGGCACAGGUUAUGAGUCCGACCUUGCAGAAGGAAAGCACGUCUCCUCAUUCUCGUCAGGGCUCGGGUAGCUUUGAUGCGAGCGUGUCACAGCCCGUCGGUCGGCCUGCACCAAUAGGAAGGCCAGGGAGCGUGGUCCAAGGGCAACGGCCCUCGAGCGGGUCGCCAUCGGGUGGCCCCCCGAAGCCGGAACCAGAGGCUCACCUGGGCAGCCGGGCUCUGCUGGACGACCUAGAUGAUGCUCCGCAAGAGUUUUCGGGGCGUCUCUCCCGCGGUGGCUCUGCUCCUGGUCCCCGACCGGUGCCUGGGUUUCCCAUUUCUCCGUUUGGGAUGGACCCCAUGUUCUCACAUAACCCAUGGGGGCCACCCGGUCCGGUCCAGCCCAACCCCUUUGCCCCGCUUCCUCCGCCCGGGUUUGGCCAUAGCCCUCUCGGUGUCCACCCCCCAGUGAACCUACCGUGGGGCCACCCUAUGCCCCCUGCAUCAACCUUUGGAGCCCCGGGGGUUGUCGACCGGCCUAUUGAGCCACGUUCCGUUGCCGUCCGAAAAAUGCUCCGCCGAGCGUGCGAGGAUCUCUCGAAUGCGAACGCGAACGCCAAUACCGACAGCAGCAAUAACCCCCCGAACAGCACCGACAGCUUCAUCCCGCUCGACCGCAUCAAGACCCAGGUCGAGAUGCUGAACCACGGUCUCCCUGUCGAUGUGAAGGAACUGCUUGAUAUCUGCGAGACGGAAGGCAACGAGGUCAACGGCGGGGGUAGCUUUGACGUGCGCGAUGAGCCACAAACCGAUGGCAAGUCAAUUCGGUUCGUCCCGGGUAACGAGCGGCCGAUGGCCCAGCCGGCCCAGCUGGCUGUUGGUUACCACCCCGGGAGCCCCAUUGGCGCCAGUGAUGAUGGGCCCUCCCAAUGA